GAGUUCUUUCUCUCUUUCAACUCCACUAUCAAUUCUUCUUCUUUUCAUUGAUUUCUCUUUCUUAUGGUUUCCUAUUUCUUUAUGUUUUCAAUCACUAUCGAAGUUCGACGACGGAGUUCUAGUCCCAAUUCGUUUGGACAUUGAAAUCGACGGUCAAAGCUUCAAAGAUGCCUUCACUUGGAACCGUUCUGUUCCUGAUUUAGAGGUGGUGGUCUUUGCAAAGAAGACGGUGAAAGAUUUAAAACUACCUCCGGCAUUUAUAACACAAUCCAUUCAAGUAAGGACAAUAGUCAUCCGUACCUCCCUUCUCUCAUUCUUCAUGGAUUUGAAUGUCACAACUUACAGAAUUUCGAUCCUUUGAAGGUCAAGAUAUGUAUAUAUUGGUGAAAAUAUCAUUCCAAUCAAGCUUGAUCUUCAAAGUGAACAAUAAACUCAUAGAGGAUCAGUUUCUGUAGGACUUGAACAACUAUGAGAGCGACCCUGAAGAGUUCUCCAAGACAUUAUGCAAAGAUUUGGGCAUUGACAACCCUGAAAGUUGGAGUAAGUGAGCCUGCAAUUGCUGUUGUGAGGUAGCCUGGUGAUGUACUGCACUCAUUCGAACUGAAGCAUUUUGAUUGUGCCUGUGCUUCUUCAAAGAUUUUCCAAUUCUUCAAACACUCACAAAGCUCGCACAUGCUUCCUCUAUCAAUCAUUCGAAGAGUCCAGUUUAUUUCCCGUCAUUUUUCUUCAAGCCCGCAUUUAGUUACAGUUCCAAUCCGAAUCUCCAAACCAACAAAGAAAUCAUGCAUCGAGUAUCUUCGGAACUGCAAGUCCAUGGAGCAACUCAAACGAAUUCAGAGUCAGAUCUUUCGAAUUGGUCUUGAAGGAGACAGGGACAUAAUAAACAAAUUGAUGGCAUUCUGUGCAGACUUAUCUCUUGGCAACUUGCGCUAUGCAGAGAAGAUAUUCGAUUAUGUUCAAGACCCAUCUCUGUUUGUUUAUAAUGUGAUGGUUAAAAUGUAUGCCAAAAGGGGUCUUCUCAGAAAAGUGCUUUUGCUUUUUCAACAGUUGAGGGAAGAUCAAUUGUGGCCUGAUAAUUUUACUUACCCAUUUGUUCUGAAAGCUAUUGGAUGCUUAAGGGACGUGGGGCAAGGUGAAAAGCUUCAUGGCUUUGUGGUGAAGACAGGAAUGAAUUUGGAUAAUUAUGUCUGUAAUUCACUUAUGGAUAUGUAUUCUGAAUUAGGCAAUGUUGAGAAUGCUAAGAAGUUAUUUGACGAAAUGACAACAAGAGAUUCAGUUUCUUGGAAUGUUAUGAUUUCUGGGUAUGUUGGGUGUCGUAGAUUUGAGGAUGCUAUCAAUACAUUUAGGGAAAUGCAGCAAGAGGGCAAUGAGAAACCUGAUGAAGCUACUGUAGUUAGCACUCUUUCUGCUUGUACAGCACUGAAAAAUCUGGAGCUUGGAGAUGAAAUUCACAACUAUGUUAGAAAGGAGCUUGGUUUUACCCCUCGAAUCGACAAUGCCUUGUUAGAUAUGUAUGCAAAAUGUGGUUGUCUAAAUAUUUCCCGCAACAUAUUUGAUGAAAUGCCUAUGAAAAAUGUAAUUUGUUGGACUAGCAUGAUCUCUGGAUAUAUAAACUGUGGUGAUUUAAGAGAGGCUAGAGACUUGUUUGACAAAAGUCCUGUUAGAGAUGUUGUUUUGUGGACAGCUAUGAUAAAUGGGUAUGUGCAGUUCCACCAUUUUGAUGAUGCUGUGGCUCUGUUUCGCGAAAUGCAAAUUCAAAAGGUAAAACCAGAUAAGUUCACAGUGGUCACUCUCCUCACAGGUUGUGCGCAGUUGGGAGCUCUAGAACAAGGGAAAUGGAUUCAUGGAUACCUAGAUGAAAACAGAAUAACAAUUGAUGUUGUUGUUGGUACUGCACUCAUUGAAAUGUAUUCCAAAUGUGGUUGUGUAGAUAAAUCAUUAGAAAUUUUCUAUGAGUUAGAAGAUAAGGACACGGCAUCUUGGACCUCAAUUAUAUGCGGUCUUGCGAUGAAUGGUAAGACGAGUGAAGCACUCAGGUUGUUCUCAGAAAUGGAACUUGUGGGGGCUAAACCUGAUGAUAUCACCUUCAUUGGUGUUUUAAGUGCCUGUAGUCAUGGCGGGUUGGUUGAGGAAGGGCGUAGGUUUUUCAACUCGAUGAAAAAGGUCUACCGCAUUGAGCCGAAGGUGGAGCACUAUGGGUGUGUAGUUGACCUUCUUGGUAGAGCUGGGCUGUUGGAUGAAGCAGAGGAACUCAUACAAGAGAUUUCGAUUGAAAAUUGCGAAAUUGUGGUUUCACUAUAUGGUGCUUUGCUCAGUGCUUGUAGAAUCCACAACAAUGUUGACAUGGGCGAAAGGCUGGCCAAAAAACUGGUGAACAUUGAACCAUGUGAUUCUAGCAUUCACGCACUUCUUGCGAAUAUAUAUGCUUCUGCCGAUAGGUGGGAGGAUGCAAAGAAAGUGAGAAGGAAAAUGAAAGAACUUGGAGUGAAGAAGAUGCCUGGGUGUAGCUCGAUCGAAGUUGAUGGCAUUGUUCACGAGUUUCUUGUUGGGGAUCCAUCUCAUCCAGAAACGAUAGAGAUACGUUCCAUGUUGAAUAGAGUGAGUAGACAAUUACUAGGAUUAAAGGAAUCUCAGUUAAUGUCUUUCGACAAUGACACUCAACACUGCAAUUUUGUAGAAUCUUAAGAGAUUUACUGUUUGGGAAGAAAGGUGUUAAACAAUACCAGAAGUGAUGGUCAAAUUAGAACACUAACAGAAAAUCUCCAAUCAUUAUUGUUUGAAAUUGCUGCUACUUGUAAAAGUUAAAAGUUGCAGUUUGCAAGAAUUUUGAGAACUUUUUGCCCAUUCUUAGACCAUUGGGCAACAAUGAAAUCUUGAAAAGCAAAUGAUGGAGGAGUAGACUGGGAGAGAUACCUAAUAGGGAUAGGCUUGUGGAACAAAUAAGUGUUUCUAAAAUUUAGGGGUUCAGGAUUGAGUUUAGGACUUAAAAAGAGGUAUAUGAUCUAUGAAAUGAGUUCAAAGUAAAAAUCAUUUGUAAUUGGUGUAGGACCUUCGAAAUUGAUUUGGGACAAAAUAGUAACUUAUUGGAAAAUAACCUAGCAAUAGAUUAUUAGCUUUGUUAGGAAGCUAAAUUGACUAUUUGUUGGGAGGUUCCUAGGAAUUACUAGAGUGAUGUUUUAGCACUUGUAUCAAAGAAAAUAUUAUUUUACUAAUUAUCAUGGUCUGAUUCUCUUGUUGUAGCA